UGACCGGCCGGCGGGCGCGCGGCGGCGUGAUGACGUCGCGCUCGUGACGCGCCUGCGUCAUCACCGCGAGCGCCGGCGGCGGCGGAGGGGGGAGAGACCCGGGUCAGGCCGGGGCCGCGCAGCGCUACCGGGAACCGGGGCCGCCGCGCUCCGCUCCGGUUCCCGGCUUCUCGCCGGGCCGAGCGGGGCCGAGCUGAGCUGAAGAGAGGCGGGCACCGGCGAUACAACCGGCGGGGCGAGCGCGGGGGCCGCACGCCGACCCCCGCCGCGGGGCUCCAGGGAUCCGGGAGCGGCGGGCGGCCGUCGGGGAUGUCCUACAAGCCCAUCGCUCCCGCCCCCGCUACCCCCGGAGCCGCCAGCGCCAGCCCCGCCCCGCCGGGGCCCGGGGCACCGUCCGCCGCCACGAGUGUCCCGUCGCCCUCCGGUUCCGUCCCUGGCGCCGCCGCCCCUUUCCGGCCGCUCUUCAAUGACUUCGGGCCGCCGUCCAUGGGCUACGUGCAGGCCAUGAAGCCCCCCGGGGCGCAGGGCUCGCAGAGCACCUACACGGACCUGCUCUCGGUCAUCGAGGAGAUGGGGAAGGAGAUCCGGCCCACCUACGCCGGCAGCAAGAGCGCCAUGGAGCGGCUGAAGCGGGGGAUCAUCCACGCCCGGGCGCUGGUCAGGGAGUGCCUGGCAGAGACAGAGCGAAACGCCCGCACGUAACGGCAGCUGCCACCCGGGAGCCCCCGGGACCUCCCGGUGGUGGCGGCGGGGGCGGGGGGGCCGCCGUGCUGCCCGAGCCCCCCCUCCCCGCGCUCUCCGCUCUUUAUAAAUGCGUGUUUUUAUAAAUAAAGGACAAUGU